GGGGGACUGGGGACCAUCCAGUGUGGCAUUACAAGGAAUGCUGUGAUAUAUUUUUUAAAUAACUAUGUUUGUGUUCAGCUAAAGAAAGUCAUGCAUCUGGGAUGGCGUGAUGGUGAGUAAAAGAUGAGAGAGUUUUUGGUGAACUAUCCCUUUAAGUUAACAACUUGUCCAUUUGUUAAAUUAACAAGAUUUAGAUAAAAAGUAGACAAAUAUAAAAAUAACUUAAAGGUUAAAAAUGUAACAUUUUCUGCAUAAUCCACAAAUGUAAAUAAAUAGAUCAUGUUUUAUAAAGAGAACAGUGAUUUGGGAGCAAAGAAAAGCAACAGGUUUGCUCACACUGUCAGAUGUGCAGUUUGUCUCUGCAGGUUGGUCUCUGACAACUCGCAAGCUUGUUUUAAAUCCUCAUGUGACAUUUUGAAAAAACUGGCUUCACUACAUCGCACAGCAUUAAAGAGGAAGCCUCUUGUUUUAUUCCUGUGAUAAUCCCUGCCGUCUGGGUCUCUCUCGUAAACGUCUGAAAGGUGUCAAAGGAAUUAUUCACCCCUUCACAAGGUUCAUAGGAAUCCACGUUGAUGCCCGUCCCCGACGGCCAUUCUAACCAGCUGCUGAGGCAUGAAUAGUAGACAGGAUUAGAGCCCACAACACAGAAAGAAAAGAGAACAGCCAGACGAAGGAUAGAAAGAGGGAGAGAGGUUCAUGGGGCGAGUGAAAGUCUCUCGUAUAGACCACUUGUCUAUAGUGCUGGACUUUCAUCUAAGCUAGAGUUGAUGUAUGAAGAGAGAUCAGAUCAUAAGAGAGGUCAUAAAAAUCAGAUCUUUCCAAACUUUUAUGAGAAUUAUGAUCUGGCCCAUCCAUGGGUCAAGGCUUCAAAUGCACACCCCAAAUGGAUGAAACCAUCUUUGCAUGAACAAACAAUUAUUGACAACAGCUGAGGGGAACGCAUGGAUGAAGAAAGAGAAAUCUUAAACAUGCUUCAUUUUUAAUGUCAACCUGCAAACAAGAUGAAACCGUCUUUUGCAAAAGAUCAAGUCGCCAUUUGGACUAAAAUUAGACCCGGUGUAGAAGGUACAGCCGGCAACACUUUCGUUGCUGUUGUUGUUUUGUCUGCAACAGUUUACAGUUAAAGCUCAGACUGCAUUCGAUUAGCAUAACCUCAGGAGAAUGAAAAGCGGCACCCAACUGGAUUAAAAAAGCUUGAAUAAGGAGGUGCCUGGUGUGUAACCAACGGUGAUGUGAGAGGGAUUUCCUAUUAUCUGCUCUGUGCUUUCCUUUCCUUACAGCUAAUCCCUGGCUAUUCUCACCGACGACCUUGAGCUCAGUGCUAAUCUGACUAGAAAGGGAGAGAGAUCAAGAGAGAGACUACAUCUACUUCUCAGACUGUCUGUGUUAUGGGGAGUGUUGGAUGUACAGUGUCUGCCCGACGGUUGCGUUUGAGCUCCAGGUAUGAGUGAGCCCGAUGUGCAGCAGUCAUGCGAUGUGAGGAGUCAGCCGUUGGGAUCGAUGGGGAUCAGGCUCCUGUGGUUCUGGUGAAACCGGAUGCUGACACCUCCAUAGAUCCAGCACAGGAGGUUGUUCACAGCAACUCUUACAGCUGCUCUGUGGUUCCUCCUCAGGGGGGCAACAGUCUGCACGGGGAUGAGCCGUUCUGUCGUAUCUGUCAUGAGGGCAGCAGUGCGGGGGAUCUGUUAUCUCCCUGCGAGUGUGCCGGGUCGCUGGCGAUGGUGCACCACAUCUGUUUGGAGCACUGGCUCAUGGCUUCCGGCACCAGCCACUGUGAGCUGUGCCACUAUCAGUACGCUUUGGAGAAACGUCCUAAACCACUAACUGAGUGGUUCACGGCACCUGCCAUGCAACACCAGCGACGAGCUCUGUGUGGAGACGUGAUCUGUUUUCUGUUCAUCACACCAUUAGCCAGUUUAUCCGGCUGGCUGUGUGUGCAGGGGGCCAUGGAUCUCUACUAUAGCAACGGCAUGGAAGCUAUCGGACUUAUCGUUCUCACAAUGACCCUGUUCACCAUUUACCUCUUCUGGACCAUUGUGUCCUUGCGUUUCCACAUACAUCUUUUCAGGACAUGGAAUUCAACGAAUCCAAGCGUCCGACUCCAGGUUCCCUGUCCCGCAAAGACUCCUCAGAGACAAACACAUUUAGCAAUGCACUUUUUGUGCAAAAACAAGAAAACGGAGACGGUGGUGUAGUGCCUGUAACAAGACGGUGACUUGAGGGUUAUCCUUUCAGACCCGAAAUUGGUUCUGAUACCUGAUUCACAGCGAUGCCCUGAACAUUGUGUGUGUUGUAAAAGUCACCAUAAUACAUCACUUGUAAUUCAGGUCUAACAUGUAUUUAAGUGUAUGGAUUGGAUUACUGUGGUAACUAGUGCAGGUUAAAUCAAUACUAUCUAGACCAGUUAUCAAGAAUAAAAUAAUAUUAACUGUAAUUCUUUCACAAAACUGUGCACGAUAUGAUCACAACAUCCUGAUAUAAACUAAUUAAAAAUAAUAAAGUGAAAUCAUGAAUACUUGAAAUGACAAUGAAUUGCACAGUAACAAUCAAGAACUGGCACAACAUAAUCAGUUCAUCACCAACGUGAUAAAAUAUACAAAUGACACCGCUGUUAUUAGUGUCAUGAUUCACAGAAACGGUCCAGAUGUGAUCUAACAUAACAUCCAGAAAAUCUUUAAUUGAGCUGCAGAUGAUUUCCGCAAAGCACCGCCUCUCCAUCUCUUCCUGGAAUCGGUGGCACAGCUGUGAAUGUAGUUGAAUCACUCACAUUUUUGAGAAGGCACCAAUUCUGCACCAAGAAGUUUCAACACAGGCCUUUUAGCAAAAACCAAAUCCACAUACCUGUAUUAUCGAAGUACUUUGCAAGCUUAUGACUGGUCCAUCCCUGUCAUGAUUUUCUACAGUUGUAUCAAUAGCUUAAUGAUUUGAGAAACAAAGUGUUUCAUACACGGAGUUCUCAUCAAGUGUCAACUCUGCAAAACUUUAACAUGAAGAAAAAGGUGUUCAACAAAAGCAUUGGCAAAAAUACUUCAGCCAACAGUUAAACGUGUGUCAUGAUUUACUCACUCUUUUUAAUUUUCCACGGACUACAAAAGAGAAUUUUCCAAAAAUCUUAACACAGCUUUUCCAUGUCAAUUCAUAGCAGCCACAACUGUCAGAAAUCAGAUGACUCUUAUUUUAUGUUCUAAAUGAUCACCCAAAUAUUUUUUUUGUACCACAUGUUCCAGUUGACACAAUGUACUUUUUAUUAGGCUGAUUUCAGAUAUUAAUCAAACAAGAAUAAAAUUUCCUCACUGAAUGCUAUCAAAAACGAAUCUAAUAAUACUUUUAAGGCAUUUGUUUGUCCUUUCUGGACCUGAUGUAUAUUCGUUUAAUAAUUCAAUAUUUCAUACAUUCAUUUCUUUAUGGAAAACAAGCUAAUAGUAAAAAUGUCUAACAUUCUGAUCACAAAGUGGCUAUAUGCAGCGUUGCCAGCUAUUUUCAAUAAAAAUAUAGCUCAAGAAGCCUGCUUGUGAAGUUGAUAAUGUCGCUAAGACUUUAAACAUGAUUAUUAGCAUAUUCGUGACGUCAUCACCCCAUAUUUGUACUCAUAGAUAAGUAAUUUGUCGUGCAAAUUUUCCUACUAAGUAUUUUAACUACUAAGACAGUAGUUAACACUUUCUAUAAAUCUAUAAUAUAAUA